AUGGAGCUGUGUAAUGGAUCCUCUCCAGAUCCACCUCUCAAACCCUACUUACUGAAUGAAUGCAGCUUGGACUGCGCGGGCUCCUUGGAAGUUCUCCCAAACUCCAGGGCUCCCUCCUCGCCUCCAGCGCAGGAGAAGGUGCAGCUCCCCAAGUUCCCUCCCGAGGUUUCAAGGCCGCCACGUGAUUUCCAUCCAGGGAGGAGAGGAGGCGGAGGCGGCGCUUUCCGGGUCCCUUCGGCAGGGCUUUUCCUGCGUUGUCUCCGGCGCGGAAGGGGAGCCCGAGGGAUAAUCCGGACCGGGUCUCGCGGGGGUUGCUGUGAAACCGGGCGGAACCGGCUGCCGGGACGUCCCUACCCGGGGUUUCCGAAUUCAGACGCAACAGACACAGACAGAGCUCCUCUUCCUCCUCCCGAGGCGCACGCGUUGGGCGCUCGGCUUCGAGUCUUUUCGGCGCCUUCCCCGGCCAGGAUGUCCCUGGCGCCGCCGGCUUUGCAGAGGAGCUCCUCAUCGGAAGGGGCUUCGCAGGGUCAGGAAGAUGAUGAAAGAAAAGUAAGGAGGAGAGAGAAGAACAGAGUGGCUGCACAGAGAAGCCGAAAGAAACAAACACAGAAAGCAGACAAACUCCAUGAGGAGUAUGAAUGCCUGGAACAAGAAAAUACUUCCCUGAAAAAAGAGAUCAGCAAACUGACAGAUGAAUUAAAACACUUGAAUGAAGUCUUGAGGAACCACGAAAAAGUCUGUCCUCUAUUACAUUGCUCCUUAAACUUUGGCUUGAUUCCCAGGCACGAUGUUCUCAGCGGUCCUUUGCCGAGAUGAAAUUUUCCUCAGAGGUUCCUAAGAUGUAAAAGCAAUCACACACUAUUCUCUUUCACCGUGGACCUCAUCUUAUGGUUGGAGACUACUGAACAUCGGGAAGCCGCACUGAUAUCGAAAUAAUGUAUCAAACGUGUCAGAGGGCCUUUGAACAGAACGCUUUGUUUUCUACAUGUUUCCACUAUGUGCUCUACAUCCAGCCAAGAAUCCAAAGCGUAUUGUAGAAACUAGAAUAUGAAGAAUGUAUUGUAUUUUCUACCUAUGCAACUGCCCAGCCUUCAUUUUCAGGAGUUGACUUGGUGUUCAUGGAAAAGAGGAAGAAUAUGUGGCAGCAUUUGAAACCAAAAGGGAUAAUGAACAUACAAACCUGUGAGCAAGAGGUUGCACCGAGCAAUUCAGUUCCUUUAUAUUCCAUUUAAAGCUAGAUAUCAAAUUGUGUGAAAACCUGAACACUGCCAUUAGACAUGUAGCUGUAAGACUGCUGAUAUAUUGCAGACUCAGCAAUGACAAUGCAGAUUUUCCCAUUUUAUCGUGUCAGAAGCAACUUGGGAACAUACUGCAAGUCGCUUCUGGUGUGAAAUAAUUCGCCGUCUACAGAGACAUUGCCCAGGGGACACCCGGAUGUGUUGAUGGGAGGCUUCUCUCCUGUCCCCACAAGCUAGAGCUGACAGACGGGAGCUCACCCCAUCUCACAAAAAAGUUGUGUUUUGUUCUGUGCUGAUUUGCCAUCCGUUGUGUCAAUCAGGAAGCAAUGCCAGGAAGUGUUGGCUGGCUGCCGAUGGUAGGAACUAGCCAUCCAACCGCCACACUACCCAAUAUAUAUAAAAACGUUAGUUAAAAAAAUCAACCCAGAAAAUCUGGAUCGACUUAUUCAUGGGUCAGUGUGAGUACUAUACCUUAACUCUCUUCAAAGAAAAGGUACCAUUGUCUUCUCUGAGUAGAGAAGAGUCAAGAGCUUAGUCCAUCCCAGGAAAUCCUCAAAGAAGAACCCAUCCCUUCUACUCUCUGCCGUGAUACAACUUCUGGCCUUUUUGAAUACUUGGGUGGGGAAAUGGCAGCUGACCCCCGAAGUGGCAUUGAUGCUUCCCCUCUCAGUGCAGCGAGAGAAGCCCUUGAGGCAGGCAUCCUCAACCUGUGGCCCUCCAGCUGUUUAGGCCUCCAACUCCCACAAGCCCCAGCCCGCUUGUUCAAUUGUCAGGAAUUCUGACCAUUGGAGUUGGGACUCAAGACAGCUGGAGAGCCAUAGUUUGAGGGUGCCUGCCUUGGGGCAAUCCAGUGCCAAAGUGGGGGACUUUUUAAGAUGACAGGAAUAAAAAACUUAAUUAAUUUUAAAAAAGUAAAUGUUAUUAUUCAUAGUGAAGUUUGAAAAGUCAUUUUUUUGUCUAUUUUCAUUGAAUUGUUCCUUGAAGAGGGGAGCUUGUAAUAACGAUAUAGCCUGGAGAAUUCCUCUGAAUGUGCUGCUAAAAUAAGUAGAAAAUUUUGCUCUUUACAGUAGCAAUGAUAAUCAUGCAACUCUCCAGAUGUUGCUCAACUGCAAAUCCCAGCUUUGCUUUGCUGCCUAGGACAGGGAUUUUGGAGGGCUCCCUGAAUCCCCGGUGGCGCAGCAGGCUAAACCACUGAACUUGCUGACCAAAAGGCCGGCGGUUCGAAUCUGGGGAAUGGGAUGUGCUCUGUUAGCCCCAGCUUCAGCCAACCAGUUCGAAAACAUGCAAGUGUGGGUAGAUCAAUAGGUACAACUCUGGUGGGAAGAUUAGGAUGCUCCAUGGAGUCAUGCUGGCCACAUGACCUUGGAGGUGUCUAUGGACAACGGUGGCUCUUCAGCUUAGAAAUGGAGAUGAGUACCACACCCCAGAGUUGGACACAACUAGACUUAAUAUCAGGGGGAAACCCUUAUCUACUACCUGAAUCCCAUCCCUGUGUGACAUCCAGAGUUGCCAGAUCUCAGGGUUUGUAUCCUCUUUGCCAGUUCUUAAGCAAGGAGGAGGAAUCUCAAGGUAAGAGUACUGCCUUAAAAGAUGUGUAUGCAUAUAUAUUUGUUUUCCUCAAUAGUUAGGUUUGGGUUUUUAAAAUAUGAAUGGUACAUUAAUUCGGUAGGAUUACAUUGAUGCUUAAUGUAUCAUGCAUAAGGAUAUCACCAUCAACAAGGUGUUACAUCACAACUGAUUAUCGCUAUGGCUCAGGCUUUGGCUUGAAAACCCUUGGAUAGUUCUGACCUAGCAACUUGUUUUCCAUUCCAUUACUUAAAUUCUGAAACAUGACAUCAGUAAUCCCUUAAUAUCCCAUACUGCUCUACUUGUGUUGCUCACAUUAUGACUUUGGCAUUGUGACCUGUGCUUCUACUUUCACAAAUGAAAGUCUCAAGCAGGGAAAUAUGGCUCCCUCCACACCAAAGUGGUCAGGGAACCAAAAGAACUUUACUUUCCCCAUAGUUUUUGAUGGAGAUUGUACUUUCAAUCACUCAUUGAAUGUAUACUUGAAUGUAUAAAAACCCCUCCUGUGUGCUGAACCAUUAUUGUUGUGUGCCUUCAAGUUGUUUCCAACUCAUGACAAGCAUGAGGUUUUCUGAGGCUGAGGGUGUGUAGCUUGCCCAAGGUUAACCCAAUAGAUUUCGAUGGCAGAAUGAACCAAACCAAAAGUACCACUACGAUGUAGACCUAUUCAAGCUGGCCCCUAGCCUUGGAUGUCUAGAUGUCUCACCCUCCUGUGGUCUCUUGGGUUUGGGUCAUGGAUCUCCAGGUGACUUUCAUGUGGAUAUAUUUAUUUUCCAAUGACUUUCUUCAAUGAUCAGUGUCUCAUCUUAAAGAAGCUAGUUAGAGUCUGGUUUAAUAAAGCAAAACGUUAUUUUCAUAACAACUUUAUUUUCAUAACAAACUGAAUGGUGGUUGCUUUAUCAGGUUCCAAUGCUUAUUUAAAACUGGAAUUAAAACCCAGAUCAUCCUUCCAACAUGGGAGCUACCAGCUGCCAUUGGACAUUUGGAAAUGCUUUGUAUUAAUAAGCUCAGGUUGAAUGGGAGAAAAACUGCUCAGAAAAUGGUGCAGCUUUUCACUUCACCAUGCAGCGGUGAGAUAGGAAACCACCUCUAAUGGGAUGUCCCGUUUUUGCAACACAUUCAGCAGAGGUGGGUGGAUUUCAAGGUUGUGGAUUUGCUUUUUUAGUAGUAGGCCAAAAGUCUCAGCUUUAAGACUGAUUCGAAAGAACUGGACUUUAAAUACUUGGGAAGUUGUCCUGGGUACCAGAAAUGUAUGGAGCUUUAAUAACAUAAUAAUAACACUUUAUUUAUAACCCGCCCUCUCUCCCUGAAGAAUAACAAAAAAGUGCCAAUACUUUCUAUACAAAAUAAUACAUUCUUAAUUAUCCUAAGCUUUCCUCAGACAAAUGCAUGUAUUUUUCACCUAUAUUAAUAUUUACAGAGGUGAAAGACUCUUAACACUUAGGAUAAGUCAGUAUCAAGAAAAUAAUUACAGAAAUAGUUACCCAGUUUAUCUUGUUUUUACUUGAAAAAUAAUAUCAUCAGCUUGAAAUACCUCAACAUUUUGCUUUUUAAAUAUGUAUAGUUGUAAAGGAAAGAAGAUUACGAACAACAACAAAACUUUAUUUAUAUUCCAUCCUAUCUCCCCAGAGGGACUCAGGGCGGAUUCUAAACAUCAAAGGCAAACAUUCAAUGCUCAAACACAACAGCAAUACACCCAUACUAACAAAAUAAAUGUGGUUCAUUCACACAACUAAGUAACUGUUUUACAUGAUUUGUGAAGGGUGCAUAUGUACAAUUACUGGAAAUAUAUUGCAACUUUCUUCUUUUUUACUGCUUCUAUAUACAAUAUGGUGUAAUGGCUUAAGUGUUGGACUGUGACUCUGGAAAGCAGAAUUCAGAGUCUUGCUCAGUUAUGGAAACUGACUAAGUGUCCAUGGGCAAUUCAUAUUCUUGCAACCUCAGGAAGACAAAGGCAACCCACCACACAUAACAAACUUGUCAAGAAAACCCUCUGAUAGAGUCACCUUAAGAUUACCAUAAAUUGGGAAAGACACAACAACAAAAAUUGUUGUAUAAAAAGUAUUCAAUGUCCCCUUCUCUAUCCCCUUGCAGAUUGCCUGGAGCACCUGAUCUCAGAGUACAAAAAGACAAUUUGCAAUAUCAAUUACUAGACCAAUGAACUGAAUGAAUAAACUGGUUCUCUGCCAAUGAUAACAAUAACAGAUACGUUUUUAUAUACUGUUAAUGGGCAGAUUCUUGGCUAGAAUUGCUUGUGUUAAAAUCUACUUGACAGCAAAUAACAAUGAUGUAUUACGUUUUAGUCUCAUUUUGUGCAUGACGAUGAUCUUUGAUGAUCCAUUUGUUUUUGAACAGGUCUGUAAUUGUAUACAAUAAAAUUGAACCUGAACUUGUUAUUUGAGUGUUCCAAAUUAAAAACCAAAAGUGAACUUUAGAGACAGGAAUAAAAUUAUCCUCUUGCACAAGGGAUAGGAAACCAGAACCUUUUUUGUUUCAAGUCACGGACUUCUCCUUUUGGAUAAUCCCAUAUCCUCAUUGGUAUAGUACACACUGUUAUUGUGGCUAUACUGUAUACUAAAAACAUCUUUCCCUGACCCAAGGAUUCAAGAAUGGAACCAGAGUUUCAAUAUGAGUCAGAUUCUUGUUUUCAUGUGCACACAGGCAUUUUCUUGGGAGGUGGAUUCAGCCAACUGAAGAAUACACUGUGUGCCUCUUAAUGAAAGCACACGGUGUAUUCUCCACAUCUUUAUGUACUUUAACUGCCAUGGAUUCCCCCAGGAAUCCUGAGAAUUAAGGCACAUCUACAUUGAAGAAUUAAUGCAGUUUGACAUCAGUUAACUGCUAUGGAAUCAUGGGAGUUGCAGUUUGAUGAGGAACCAGUACUCUUGGCAGAAAAGGCUAAAGACCUUAUAUAACUACUACUUUCCGGAUUCCUUAGCAUUGAGGGCACAGCAGUUAAAGUGGUGUGAAACUGCAUUCUUUCUAUAGUGUAGAUACACUCAUAAUGCAGAGAUUUGGUGAAAAGUUGGACUUGUCACUCCCUUGCUCCACAAACUACAGUCCACGUUCCUUGAUGAACUACCAAACCACCCACUAGAGGAAAAUGUCCUUGUGGGUUUUUCCCUCACAUAUAUUGUUUUGUUGUGUAAGAAAUAGAUGUUAUUCCUCUCCCUCCCUCUCCUUCUCUUGCUUGCAUUGUUUUAUAGAGCAUCCACAUAUCUGUCUGCCAGGUAUCUCUUUUUCCUUGACAUUUCAAAUACAAUGCUGGUGUCCUUUUAUAUUUUCCCCAGCGGAGGAUGUUGGAGAAAAAGUGGUUUCAUCAGUUUCAUAAACAUGUAUUGGAUAACGCCUGUGACAUUGCUACAAAUAAACGAUGCAAUUUUUCCUUG